AUGUUCUAUUCUGGCUGCUUCAGCGAUGAGCACCUGGAGACGACCUAUCAACAGGCGUUGAGGUUUCUUGAGCGCGGACGCGGACAUGGCAUUGAGGGUAAAAAAGCCGCCUAUCGUUUACUCGAUCAGGCUGCACAAUCUGGGCACACUGACGCCAUGAAGCUCAUGGCGUACGCUCAUCUCUUUGGUGAUCGAGCACGUUGGUCCAUCGAUGAAGCGAAAAAGAUUUUCGAGGAACUUGCUGAAAAUGGCUCGCCCGAUGCUCAAUUGGGUCUUGCUUUCAUGCACGCUACUGGACUGGGCAUGCCUAAAUCGAAUCAAGCCAAAGCUUUAGUAUACUAUAUGUUCUCGGCUCUUGGCGGAAAUCCACUUGCUCAAAUGGCCAUGGGCUACCGUUAUUAUGCUGGAAUUGCUGUCCCUCAGAAUUGCGAGAAUGCAUUGUCGUAUUACGAAAAGGCGGCUCAGAAAGUUGCCGAAGGAUUUAGGUUUUCGACUGGUCUAGCGAUCCAACGGAUAAGAUUAACCGAUGAAAUGGAACCAUCUUCAACAAAUACAAUAACGGUGCCCAUGGAUCAAAAUUUGAUUGAAUACUACCGGUUUCUGGCAGAGAAAGGCGAUGUUUCUGCACAGGUGAGGGUCUUUACACCUAUUUCGUUACGCUUGCCUUUCUAA